AGCGGGCGCAGGGGGUGACACCGGGCAGCAAGCCGACACCGGGCACUGUGCUGGACUUCGGGGACCAACUGGGACUCCGGGAGCUUCCCCCGGGACUUGCAACAAGUGAGAGCGGAGGCGGAACCCUUGGAGACAUGUCCCAAUCAGCGACACGGCGGCUACAGCGCGGAGCUGCCCUCCAGCUCCAUCCAGGAAUGAUGGAGUCACCCAGUGUAGAAAAAGAUUUGCUAGAGGGAUGCACGUCUCCAUUCGAGCUGAAAUCGAACCCAAGCAAGAAGAUGUGGGUCAAACUGAGAGCUCUCCUGAAGUACAUGGUGAAGCAACUUGAGAAUGGAGAGGUCAACAUUGUGGAACUGAAGAAGAAUUUGGAGUACACAGCUUCAUUGCUGGAAGCAGUAUAUAUUGACGAGACAAGGCAAAUUCUAGAUACAGAAGAUGAGCUCAAGGAAAUCCGUUCAGAUUGUGUUCCCUCUGAGGUCAGAGACUGGUUGGCAUCUACAUUCACACAGCAGACACGGGCAACUGGUCGACGGUCUGAGGAAAAGCCCAGAUUCCGUAGCAUUGUACAUGCUGUACAAGCUGGGAUUUUCGUAGAACGAAUGUUUCGGAGAACAUACACAGCCGUCGGACCAAACUACUCGGCAGCUAUUGUUAACAGCUUAAAGCAUUUGGAUCUCUGGGACUUUGAUGUUUUUGUGUUGAACAGAGUAAGUGAAGAUCAUGCUUUGAAGACAAUUGUGUUUGAACUUCUGACCAGACACAACCUGAACAGUCGCUUUAAGAUUCCUGUUGCAUUUCUAAUGAGUUUUCUGGAUUCGUUGGAAAGUGGCUAUGGGAAGUAUAAGAAUCCUUAUCAUAACCAGAUCCAUGCAGCAGACGUGACACAAACCGUCCACUGUUUUCUCUUGCGAACAGGCAUGGUGCAUUGCUUAAAUGAGAUUGAGAUCCUGGCUAUCAUUUUUGCUGCUGCUAUACAUGAUUUUGAACAUACAGGAACAACGAACAGCUUCCACAUCCAGACAAAAUCUGACUGUGCUAUCCUGUACAACGACCGGUCAGUCCUGGAGAAUCACCAUGUCAGUGCAGUCUAUCGGAUCAUGCAAGACGAUGAAAUGAACAUAUUUGUGAAUCUCACCAAAGAUGAGUUCACAGAACUAAGGUCUCUUGUCAUCGAGAUGGUCCUGGCCACAGACAUGUCUUGUCACUUCCAGCAAGUAAAAACCGUGAAGUCUGCCCUGCAGUCAAUGGAACACAUUGACAAAGCAAAGGCACUCUCCCUACUACUUCAUGCAGCGGAUAUCAGCCACCCCACCAAGCAGUGGAAAGUGCAUGCAAGGUGGACCAAAGCCCUGAUGGAGGAGUUCUUCAGACAGGGUGACAAAGAAGCGGAAAUGGGGCUGCCAUUCUCCCCACUUUGUGACCGCAAGGCCACAUUGGUAGCUCAGUCCCAGAUAGGAUUCAUUGAAUUUAUUGUUGACCCAACAUUUUCAGUGCUGACUGAUGUGGCUGAGAAGAUUGUUCUUCCAUUAGUAGAAGAAGGAAGCAAAACCAAGCCAGCAGCUCCAGUCAAUCAGUCCAGCUCUCAAUGGAGGCAGCUGUCCCUGGAUGAACAAUCUGAGCUAGGAGACAUUAAUGCAGAUCUGAACAGCUUCCGGUCAACCUGGGCCAAGUACAUUCAGGAGAACAAGCAGAAGUGGAAAGAAAGAGCAGCCAGUGGAAUCACAAACCAGGCGUCUGUGGAUGAACUUUCACCUUGUGAGGAAGAGAAUAGCACAGAGGAAAAUGGUAACCUGGACUAGUGCACAGUUUCCAUGGACAUCAGGUACUACUCCAUCCACAUAGAGGUCCAGAUCCCCUCCCUGCAGUACAGAAGGACUAGGACACAGCAAAUACAGAGAUUGGAUCUGAAGUCGCAGGUCCCUUGGCACGCACAGAACAUCUGGCAUUCAGGGAACUAGACAACCCUUAGAAUCCCACCGUCUGUGACAGUGUGUGGGUGACCCACAGAUCAUUGCACAGCUCUUUCUCUCUGUCUCUGCUAUGUGGGUCUGUCUCUCUCGUUGUGGAUCAUUUAGGUACUACCAUAUGGAACUGCCUUUGCUUUGUAAAACAGAGCAGACUUUUACUUUUCUGUUUCUCUUAGAUAAAAGCACUCUUUUUAUUUUGCUGUCAGCAAUGUACAUCUACAUUUUAUAUAUAUAUAUAUUGCCUCCCACAAACCUUUCAAGGCUCUGCAUGACUUAGUUCUCAUUUUCCAGAGUUAUGCAAAAAAGGGGGAAAUAAAACAGUUCAUAUAUGCACAGCGACAUAAAGAAAGAAUGGAAUUACCAUCCUUCAUCUCAUCUGAAGACAGUACAAAGAAGAUGGCGUUGGACUAUCUGAUGUAUAGUAACUUAAGAAAAUGCAAUAUUAAAAACUUCUUGUAUGAACAGUGGCCACCAAAAAAAGAGUUCCAGAUAUCCAGAACUCUGCCAGAACAGUGCUCCUCAAAUCAGUCCUCAGGGAUUGCCACCACACCAUCAUGCAUGUGUAAUCAUCAGUUGUUAGGCAUGGAAAUCUGUCGAUCAGAUCAUGUUAACCUGUCUGCGAAUGGUUUGAGAGUUACUGAUUCUGAGCAAUAAGCACCUGCUACAAGGGAAAGAGUAUAAGAGUGAAUAUAAGGCGGAGGUUGAUACAGUCAGAUGAUGGACUCACCCCUUUCACGUCAUCGUAAUCUCGUAAAACAAAAGGGACCAAAGCAUGUUAGUAAUUACCAUAGUUUUAUUAGAAGAAUGCUUAUCUAAUUGCUGCUUUACACAUAGAAGAGUGUGUAUACAUUAUUCCUUGGUAGGAAGACACCAGAGCUCAUAUUCUUUCCAGUUAUGACCCAUAAUCCCGACUCUUCCUCUAAGUCCCACCAAGCAAGAGGACACCACAAGUCUUAUGUGAAGACCAGGAGUUCUCUGACAACUCUUUUCUGAGAGCCUACAUAGCACUGCUGAAUGAUAUCCUGAAAUGAAUUUUCCUUGCCAAGCACCUCUACAUCAUUGUGUGAUCAUUCCCUGUGGCAGAUUAUCGAGAGUUUCUUGUUUGUCCUGUCCUAUAUGUGUCAUAGAUUUAGAUGUUGUGUUUUGUGCCUUGCUUUGAAGUGUCUUGUACCAAAUCUCAAAGGACUCAUCCAUUCAUCAGCGUUUCUGAAACCCGAAUACGGACAUAGCAAUUUCUCCAUUAAUUACUGAAUCUUCUAUGAAUUCAGACCCCCGACCCCAAACUUUCGCUCCUCUUUUUCUACAAUAGGUCUUAGUUCAUGGUUUGAGUUUUUGUUUAACAUCUCAGGUUAAAGAUUUUCAGACGGUUUGUCACAAUCAUACAGCAAACUGAAUCUACUGUAGGUCCAGGUGUAAUGAAGGGUAUAGAAUUGAGCCACAGUCAUAUUUGAUGAUUUGUCGAUCGUAUAAACAUUCCUACUAGCUUCAUUAUAUGUAUUCAUUAAUCAGUUAAAACAGAGUAUUCCUAAUUUAUAUCCUAGAGAUAUAAGACCAGGUUGACACCAUAAGAGCUUUAGAGAGUUGAUGAUGAUGUGUGUAUCACCGAGACAGUUUCCUAAAUAGGACGACAGUGAAGGAAGGAUGAAAAAACUAACAGGUGCAUCUGGAUAGAGGCCUGUUUAGUGUAGACUGGUACCACUGAGAUCCCCAUAGAUACCAUUUAGCAGCAAUAUAUAUGAAAUGGAAGCAUUAGCUAUGUACUAGAUGAGUGUUUGCAUCAUCUGAAGACAGAUGAAAAGAUUUGUCUCGUGUUCUCUACUGAAGUGUCAGUUAUCCGUCACUUGUAUUUAAUGUAAUGUAACUUCAUACUCGUUGAAAUCCCCAUAUUACAAAGUGUCAGCGCCCCCUUCUUCUGUAGUCAUUAUCAUUCCUUUGAACUACCAUUCUACUUUUGCUUCCAUAUUCUAUUUUGGUCAACAGCAAUGAUUUGUUAUGCAAUUUCUUGUGACUCUUAUGUCUUUCAUUUUUCUUUUUGUCAUCUUUUUAUUCUCGAUUUUCCUGUGUUUACGUAACUCCCUAUGUGAUUGCUUUCAUGGCAGGAAUAUGGAUCUAGGAGAUAGUCUUAAAGGGGUUAUGCCAUGAUUGAUGUAAAUAAUGAAAAUUAGACAUCAUAUAGAACAUGACAAUCUCAUUCUAACAAAGCUAGAAACCAUUCCAGUACCUCAUAUGGAUCCAGAGAUCUUCCCAUUCGUUGCUCUAAUUGUUCCGCUUGAUUUAUUUCCGGCUGGCAACUCAGGGUGGGGUGGUGUGUCCUUUCUGCUGUAGCUCUUUCUCUCUAACUGCCACAACUUCUAACAGAAGAUAUGGCUGGUGACAGUUGAAAAUAUAUACUGAGCGCGUGCGACCACCUCAGUGAGAUGGAUAA